UCAGAUCUACGUAGAGUCUGGAGAUUGCUGUUAAUGUUAAUCAGUUGCAUAUUAAUUUUUAGUGUUGUAGAUUUUUUUUAGAACUUUAAGCAUGAGAACUAAUCCAGAUAACAGAACGCGUUUGUGUUUUCCGAUUUUUGAAACUUGAAAGCAUCAGAUGCAACAGCAGCGAAGUCGCUAGGCCGCUUAUCACGGGAUUCACGAUCAUUCACCGUUAAUAAUAAUUUUAUUUCAAUAAUUAAUAUAAUUUCGUCAUUUUCAUAAUGUGAGUUCUGGGAGUUGUUCCGUGGUUAUCUGGAGUUCUUCCAUAAGCUCCAAGAUUUUGGACAUCGUCGCCGUGUCUUUUGGAUGCGUUAAGGACCUGUGAUAUGGAGUGUUCCAAGGACAGAGUGUGAUAUUGGAAGUGUGCUACUUCUGGCUGGAUGGAAUGAUGGACGUACAGAUAGACUCCAGGUUUUUGGGCCAAUGUUGAAGUUGCGCGAUCGAUGGAGCUUAGCCGAAGGUCUGUUCCCAACGUGACCGAUGACAGUGACAAUGGUCCCAAACAACAUGAUUACGGCGCACAUCGUCGCAGCGAAAGAAAUGGCCAUGGAAAGGAGCACGCAACGAGAGUGCCUGGGAUCAAGCGCAACUGGCGAAGAUUCCGGAAUAGAAGAGCAUGUCCUGGAGAAGCCUAUGAGCCGACGGAUAUUGAACAUGUGGCCAACAUUUGCACUCAUGCGAUCAGUAUAAUUCCAGCCAUGUGCGCUAUGGGAUAUUUGUUGCUUUCCGCUCCUACCUAUUUGCAUGCCAUCACGGCCGUUAUAUACGGAUGCUCGCUAAUUGCCUUGUUCGGAGUCUCAACAGCCUUCCAUAGCGCGUGCUACUUUGGCAUGACCAGAAGAGUGAAGUUUACUUUACAUAUCUGUGAUCGCGCUACGAUAUACGCUUUUAUCGCAUGCUCCUAUAGUCCCUGGUUGCUGCUAAAGGAUGCCGAGCUGUACGUGCUGGUUGUUUUCUUCGUGCUGUGGUUCAUGGUGUUCGGUGGCGCCGUAUAUCAGUAUCUCUUCCACGAGAAAUACAAGCACUUCGAGACUUUUCUGUAUUUGUUUAUGGGCAUUAUACCGGGAGUGAUUUGUGUGCCGGGAAUGGCUGACAGCCGGGGCAUUAUGGCUGUAGCACAGGGUGGAGCAGUAUACGUGUUGGGAGUGGUGUUCUUUAAAAUGGACGGCGUGAUCCCUUGCGCUCAUGCCAUAUGGCACCUCUUUGUUGUCGUGGGAGCAUCAUGGCAUUUUCUGGCUGUGGCGCACUACUUGUACGCCGGGAAUCUCGAUAUUCCGUUAGCGGCUGAGCAAACAAUCCCAAAUUAACGUGAAUGUAGCAUUGAUCCGGUGGUCAGUUUUUGACGCAUAUCUUCCACAGCAUCUUAUAGGCGUCAUGUUUUCCUGUGGCAGCUGUCUUACCAAAAAGAUAUGUUUUUCUCAUAGUCAUACGACUAAUGAUGUCAGUUAAUAUGUGAAUUCUAGUCGGUUGCGACCGUAAUUGUUUGACGUUCUUAGCUCUCUGCUAAUCGGUGUUGUAUUUGGUGGUUUUUUGUUGAUGUUUUAAUCUUGAAAGCAGUAUUAAACAAGUUAACAAUUCCGAAAAAUGUGAACCCCAGUAAUUUACAUUGAAGUCCGUUAACGGU